AGGUUCCCUAUUCUAGAAAGCAAUCUCUUCCCUUCUUGUGUAAUUAUACGCAAUGUGAUUAUGAUUUCGAAAUCGAAAGUGCCUAAUACGCUUUUUGCUCUCAUUACGUCGCACUGCAACCUUUUUUUGCGCAGCCUAUUGUCCUCGUAUGUUUGAUAUGAUCUCUGAAUUCCUGUUUAAUUCCUUCUCAUGUCGAUGUGGCAUUGAUUUCGCCCCCUAGGCUAGAUGUUAUUUCCAUUGGUAUUCAAUGGACGGGUUCUUCAUCACCACUCCACCCCACCCCCGCAACCAACAUGACGAACAUGAAUUAGACUUUUAUCAUCUUGCUACCCCCGCAAAACCCACCUCCAGUGCGAUAGCCCUUCAACAUGGCGCUACCGCGGACGGUUCCGGUUGACGAGCUCGGCGUGCUCCACACCGAGCGCGAAGCGGUGGACCCGCUAGGAGCCCGGAACGCCACGACAGCGGCAGGCCCCUCCGCGAUGGCGGACCACUCGCUAGUGCCAAUCGUCCACCACACUUCUAGCGGAGUUGGCGUGAGUGCCACUGGUAGUGCUGUGGACCACCACCACCAUGCGGCCGCGAUCAACCGCAGAACCUACUCCCACGACCUGGUUCUGCGCGACCACUUGCUCGAGGCGUCGAAUCACACGCCGUCGACGGUGCGGAACAACUACGACCGCUACAACAAUUUGGAUUUUUACCGCGGCGGCCAGCAUCCCUACCGCGAGCCGUGGGUGGUCCUCAAGUCCCCGGAGGAGGGACUUUUAGUUACUUUCGACCCGGUGUCGCACAAGAUCGAGCUGCUGCGCAACCACGACCACCACCAGGCCGGGCUCGACUACUGCCCGCUGUGCGGCCAGGUGCUGGGCGGCCACGGCCCGGCGGCGACGGAGCGGCACCGCUCGAUGAGCGAGGCGGGCUCCUCGUCCGCGGGCGAUGCGGCGGUGCGGAUGGAGGACGUGAUGGAGAUCGACGAAACGCCAAAUCUAUCAAAUGUAAAAAUGUCUGGGUCUGGAAGAUUGCCAGGUUUGUCAUGCACAUUUUGCGUGACUCCUGAUGUCUGUGAUGCAUGCCCUAGCGUCACAGAUUUUGUGAGGGCUUCCUGAUGCUUAUACCGCAUCACAAAUGCUCUUUCCUUGUAGCAAAACUUGGACUCUCUUUGCUGCUCAUGCAAUACAGAUUUUUUUAGAAUCCAAAAUCAGCAUGACAAGUUGGAUUCUUCCAGACCCAGACAUUUUUACAUUUGAUAAAAUCUGGACGCCGCAGACUUCGACUCCUACCUCCUCGUGGAGGGCGCGGGAGGCAGCACCGUAGGAAUGGACCACGACCACACGCCCGCAGGCUCCGAAAACUCGCGCUCCCGAGGGGCCUCCGGGCGGCCACCGUUGUUCCCGACCAGCAGCGGCGGGGGGUCGACGAGCAGUCGUGGUGGCGGAAACAAGAUGAACAGAAGAACUGCAACUGGGCCGGGAGGUGGUGCUACUGGUGGCUCAUCCUCUUCCACGCGCGCGCGGUUCCACCCACCCAGGGCAUCAUCUUCGCAAGACCACAACAUGAUGAACACGACGACAUCCACAUCUUCUCGCAGCAAUCACCGCACGAAAUCCCCGGCGUUCAAUCCGCAGAAACGGAAUCCACCUUCGCAGAUGCAUUCGCCGGACAUCCGCGGCCUGCGGUCCCACUCCGAAACUUUUGUGGAUCAUCAUCACCACAACUCCCACCACAACACCCCGAAUGCCGGCCCCUCGUCGUUUCGGCCCGCACGCGCGGCUCCAUACCUGGCACACAACUACUUCACGCUUUUGAGUGCCGUACACGAAGAGGAACAGGAACUGCGCGAGCAGAUGGACACAGCGGUCAAUCAAGCCACAUUGGACCACCACGGCGGAACCGGGGUAUUUCCAGCCUUGGCGGACACCACGAGCGAUUUCGAUGUAUCCUGAGUAAAAACGUACCCACACCAGAGUUGUAAUGCAAAUCUGCGUGCUGAAAAUGUUUCUCAUGCGGAGCCCCAUGAGAAGCAUUCUCCAGUCGUGUUUUGCAAUUUGUCAUGCUCCAAUCAGCAUGGUAUGCUAGAUCUGUGAUGCUGCUGAGCUAGCUCAAACAGCACUACACUACGAAUCCAAAUUUGUCAUGCAAAACAGCCAAAACUUGUGGAUUUGUCUAGCCGAUUCCCCAACUUGACUAUGGUGUGGGUACGUUUUUACUCAGGAUACGAUGGCGGUGUAGUUCUGGAUGACACGACGAGUUUUUAUCCGUCCUUGCCCCCACCUCCAGUUCCCGCAGACAGCAGCAGAGAGAACGAUGAGGAUGACGAGAUUCUUUCGCCGAAAAGCAUACAAGACCGACCGGCACUAGAAGAAGGAUCAUUCCACCGCUCUAGAUCCGCCUCCUCACGGAAGAGCCCGCUGCAAGAAGAGCCCGGUGUCGAGACACUGAACACCGCGAGCGCAAGGACUGGAAGUCUGCCCCGAGCCGAAUCCAUCCCUACUUUUGACACCAGUGCCCCGCCGGACACCAACCCGGGAAUCUUUCAGCUCACCACGGGUCCGGCCACGCGCGUGAUAAAGCCGCUGGCAUCUUCUGGCGGGUCGCAGUCCUCGUCGAAAACCGGACAUGGUCCGGGGGUUGCAGCCGGACAUGGUCCUCCGGUUGACUACAACGGUUUAUUUGGACCACCUGCAAGAACCGCCACUACCACUUCUUCCGCAGGAGCUGCGACCAACACCGCAAGCACUAACGCGAAGCAGUACGGGCAGCUGCCGUGCGGCUUGAUGAACGACGGCUACUACGAGCGGUUUUUCGUCGAGGUCGAAUCUUUGGGACAGGGAAGUUUCGGGCACGUCUUUCACUGCCGGCACACCAUCGACGGCGAGGCGCUGGGGGAGUUCGCGGUGAAAAAGGUCGCGGUGGGCGAUGAUCGCCAAUGGCUGCGGAAAAUCAUUCGCGAAGUGAAGGCUUUCGAACGGCUCAACCACCCGAACAUCGUGCAGUACAAGCACAGCUGGCUGGAAUCCUGGCAGGUGAACGCUUGGUGUCCCCGCGUGCCGUUUCUCUUCAUUUUGAUGCAGUACUGCAAUCGGGGUAGUUUGCAGCAACUGAUCGAUCGCAACUACGAAAAGGUCUGUUUGGAACAACAGCAACAACAGGGGCGCGCAAAGACGGCCGCGAGUGGUCACCUGGUGCAACUGAACGCGCCCGCGGGCUGUAGCUCGCACAAACGCGGCUCGCAAGCCGUCGGCAGUAGUUCCUGUAGCAGUGCAGCGCACGCCAACAUCCCGACUAGCACUGCGUCACAAAAUAGCAGCGGAUCGUGCGGCAAAAAUGCGACGGAGCCGCCGGCGGUCGGGCUGCCACUGCCACUGAUUUGGCCACUGCUGGAAGACAUCCUGGCGGGAAUUCAGUACCUGCACACGCAGGGGGUUUUGCACCGCGAUCUGAAGUGUGAGAACGUCCUGCUGACCUCCGACGAGCGGUCCUACCCCUCAACCCGGGCGUUGUUGAGCGAUUUUGGUACUGCGGAAUGGAAGCGGGAGGAGCCGGUCCGGCUGCAUCGAAGCAACUCCUCGAUGGAUAAUCUGACCAUGAUGAAAGGCAGUCCACUGCCCGAUAGUGUGAACGGCAACGCGGAAGAACAAGAAACCGAGCGCUACGCCGACCCAAGCACGAUCGAUGAUGUCGACAUGGUUCCGCUGAGUCAGCAAGACGCCCGGCCGGUGGAGUCUUCAGAUCUUCAGAGGGAACGUGGGAAUGCGAUGAAUACGGCAAGCGGUGGCGCACUGAACAAUGCGGGGACCACACCACAACAACCACCGCAUCGCGUCACCACGACGCGGGGCUCCCGGGCUACAGACAGCAGCAACCUCGGCACGACCGAGUACAUGGCGCCGGAGGCGUUUGGCGAUCUGUAUGACGAAAAGAGCGACAUGUGGAGCGUGGGCGUUUUGCUAUUCAACAUGCGCUAUGGAAAACUUCCCUUUUUCGGGCAAAACGUGCUCGAAACCCGGGCACUGAUUGAGCGGUUUUCGGAGAAUUACAGUGCGAAGCGAAGCGAGAAUCUCCUACCACCCGGUGACGGGGAGGCAGAAGCGCUGCUGCUGCAAGGCCUGAUUCUCGCCCUGCUGCAGCCGGAGCCGUGGAAACGGCCGAGUGCGGGCGAGGUGCUGCGGAACCGCGCCUUCCGCAGCAAGGGCCGCGAGGCAGUAACACGACCACCGCGAGGGUAUCACACCCGGGGAUCCGACAACGUCAGCGAAAUGCAAACGAAAAAGCGGUUCUUGCCGCUCAUGGUCGCAUCGGCUUCGCCACGACAGCUAGAUGAAGAGAUGAAACCCAAAGAAGAGCCCAGGUCGUCCCCUCCAUGAAAAACUCGGAAUGUUGCCCCUGGUUGACCUGGUACACAAAGUGUUGUUCCUCAGCAAAACACCAACACGCACGAUCACAUGUUACAUGUUUUGAAAAGCGACCUUAACAAGCCGCGAUACCGACUCUCCUAUUAGACGAU